AUGACCGAUCCCAGUGACGAAAGAUCCAAACGAAAAAACCCGCAAGCCACCACCAAAUGGUUCAAUUUCCGAGUGCUAUCCCCCACCUCCGCAAUUCUCAGCGGCUCCUACUCGAUGUCUGACAAGCAUUUCAAGUUCCAAAGCCGCGGAAAGCAGGGAACCGCCGCAGCAGUCAUCUCAAUAAUCCUCGGUAGCAUUUACGACCCCAAAACCUGGACGAAAUAUCACGUCGACAAAAUCCUGGAGUACGGCGAUAAACUCUACCGAAGGAGUCUCGCUCGGAACAAGGCCGAGCCCUCAGCCUACAUGACCACCAGCAUGAUAUCCCCCGAAUUCUUCUUCGAAGACUACAAAUGCCUGAUCUCCACCGAGAGCCGAAACGUUUACGGAAACCUCUUCGCGGAGAGCGUCGGCUGUCCGGAUUUCGCCGACGGUUUGAAACGCUUCUUUAGAAACGAUAAUUGCGGCGUAGUAACGGCCCAGGGCGUAUCAGUUGGCAUGUGGCACGACGCCAAUCACGGCUAUUUCUACUUCGAUGCAUCUCCGUGCAGAGAGUCAGGAGAACGCUCUUUCGACGGUACUGCCUGCAUAAUUCGAUUCAAAUGUCUUAACGACAUGCAGGAUCUCUUCCUCGGUAAUUUGAGCCGCAGCUACGACUCCCGCUAUUGCAUCGAUAAGGUCACGAUUCUUCGUGUCGCACCUGUCAAACGAUCGAUCAUUUUUCCUGCUAAAGUGCCUGUUGACAGCGUCGAAGCGCCGCCGAAGAGAACCGAGAAGACGAUGGACUGCACUCAGGUUCUCCCGAAGAAGGAUAAAUCGUUGGCUCUGGCGACGGUCAUUAAUAAGGAGCCUUUGCUGAUAACUCUUUCGAAUUACAGUAUCGAUAAAAAAUUCGCGACGAUGCCUCUUAUCAACCAGAACGCCUUCGACACUGGGUACCAGUACAGAGAUGUCGAGGUGAACAUUCCUCCGACAUUCAAGCAUUUUUCCGAUGGCAUUUCAAUCCUUCAUGGGUGGACACACGAGUCCAGUGAGAUGUACAAAGGAAAAGGCGCGCAGAACGUCGCCAAUUGCAUUAUGGCCAUUGGAAUGAAGGGGAUUAAUGACGUGCGAGCCUGGUUGAGGCAGACUCUGGACGAUAUUCUGGCGCUUGGGGAUGCUCUUCACGCGGAGGUGAAAGCCGCGAAGCCGAAUUUGAAGGCCUUGACUGCAGCGGAUUUUAAUGACACUCGGGUGAAGAUCGAGGGGACGAGAAUGUUCAUUAGCGUCGAUUUGAUGACAGUCGUCGGGACGAUAAACUCGAAAAUUCCGGCGGUUCUGAACCUGAGGCAGGCUCUGGGGGAGUUCUUCGCGGUGCACAAGGAUGGCAUCGUCGAGUGCUCGUCGAUGGCGAUCGCAAUUUGGACCCAAGACGACUAUUUUUACGCGUUCGACCCUCGAGAGUGCGACAUAACUGGGGUUCGAGUCGUUGAGGAAAAGGGCAAGUCCGGGAAGGAGAGCAAGAAUGCACCGGCGGCCACCGCGAAGAAAGCCAAGGGGAAGUGCUGCGUCAUGCGGUUUCGCGAUAUCGAAGGACUCGUCAGUCACUUCGUGGGGAAUAUCGCUUCUGCUAAGAAGAAUGAUCGGUUUACUGUGAGGCAUGUUUCGGUGAUGGAGGACUUGCCCGGUCUUCAGCCGUGGUUCGAGUUCCAGAGGGGCGAGCCUGGGAAGACGUGGAUCCUCCAAGGAUCUCUGUCGAACGAUUCGGAAGAGUUUGAGGAUGAGACUCGCGGAGUUCAGGGGCUAGCGAUGCCGGUGGCGGCAUUGGUUAGUGCCUCGGAAAUUCCCCCGCAGAUGUGGACCCGAGAGACUGUGGAUGAUGUGGUUAGAGAGGGGAAUGAGUACUUCACGUGGUGCAUUCCCCUGGAGAGAGAAGAGGAUCGAGAGCUCACGCUGGAGAGAUUGAAGAGAGUUUUCUUCGUGAAGAAUAGGAAGAUUAGGGUGAAGGUGGAGGAUUCCUCUGUUGUGGGGAGCUUGGAGCCUCCACCGGGUGGAUUAAUGAAAAAUUUGGGAGAAGGUAUGAGCGAAUUCUUCAAGACGCAUCAGUUUGGCCUAGUUGAAGUGAAGAAUUUGGCCGUUGCUGUCUGGAAAUUCGAGGAGGAGUUGAAGGACAAGACGAAGAUAAUGGCGUAUUACUAUUUCGAUCCGAGUCCGGGAAUUAAUCUGAACGAGACUGACGAGGGAGACGUCGAGGGGGAGCCUGGAGCCAGCGUCAUUCGAGCUAUUGAUCCGGGAGAACUAGCGAGACUCAUAGCUUCUAGAGUGGAUCCCGAAGCCGAAGGCCCCAACGAUUUCUUCAUUCACGGGUUUGAAGUCGUUUCUAUCGGGGAAAUUCUGAGCUCCGAAGAUCUUGAACGAGAGAAGAAAAUACCGAUAAAACCAGAGCUUAACGCUUAUAAAGAGUUCGGCGAGGAAGGCGCGUGCAUCAACGGAAGUUUUGAUCAGACGAAUGAGACAAUUUUCAAAGAGAGGACUCGGAAUAAACAGCAGGCAGCCAAUGCUCUCGUUUCACUCGCCAUGAGGCAGUUUUAUAAUCCGCAUUUGUGGUAUCAAGAGGUUGUUGAUGACAUCCUAAAACUCGGGGAUAGGAUUACCCACGAGAAUAUGGCGAAUAUUGAGGGGGGAGAGGAGGCUGAGGGGGAACCCCCGGCGCGGAAUUAUCUCAUACCGACGGAGAUUGAAGACACCUUCGACAUCGGUGUCAACAGGUUCACGGUUACCAUUGAGGAAGAAAAGUCUAGAGGAAGUCCGGCAGAGUUGACGCAACUCCUGGAGGAAUUUUUCAAUGAGAAUUCUAUGGGAAUUCUGCGACAGGAGCGGGUGAUGCUGCCGAUUUGGAAGGAGGGGGAUGUCUUCUUCAUGAUGGACCCUAGGGGUCGCGGCCAGGAUGACCCGAAGGACAAGAGUGGUACCGCGGGGGUCUUAUGGUUCACCACGAUACCUUCUCUAGCUUCAACUCUAGCGCAAUCUCUCGCAAAUGAUGAAGCUGAAGUGGUUCUCGAUGGAGUGGAAUUGGAUAAUGAAUUUGAAUCGAAAAUUCCGGAAGGACAGCCUGAAGAUAUCACCGACGACCACUGGUACAAAUUCUCGAAGAAGAGGGAGGGCGUUUGGGAACUCUUGGGAAGUGUUCCGAUUUCUGACGAACAAUUCCCCGAGGAGAACAAGGGAAAGCAGAGCUCUGCGGUUGCGGUUGUGUCCCUAAUCUUUUCGAAAAUCUACGAACCUCAUCAGUGGACAACUGAGAUCGUCAAUGAAAUCGUCGUUACCGGGGAUAAACUGUACGAAAAGUCUGCCUCUCGUCUCGGUGAGGCCUCGGGGCUAUCAGUGAACGACAUCGUCACGGAAUUUUUCUUAUCGAAUCGUCGCAUCAAUCUCGUGGUUUCGGAUUGCGUACAGGCCGGGAGUAUUUCCCAAGACCCGAAGGUUCAGGAUUUAGAGACUGGGAUUGACAAGUUCUUCGGAGAACACCAGUGUGGAGUGUUAACCAUCUUUAAUGCCGUGCACAUUCCCAUUUGGAGAUGGAAAGAUCACUACUACUGUCUCAUUUCGAAUGCUGCCUCCUCCGACCCCGAGAAGCCUCCGGAAAACGUCUCAGCCCUUCGCUUCACAGCGGUAGAAAUCCUCUCGGGUUACAUCCGAGAAGUAUUCGGGAAUGAGGGAGACUAUGAAAUCAGUGCAAUUGACAUUGUGGAUUGGAAUAAGCUGCCUCCUUGGAGACACGACCCCAGUGUGGCGGUUCGUCCGACUAAUCUCCCCCCUCUGAACGCUUUCAAACGUCUGGCAGGUGGCGAUGCCCGAGCUAUCCUCUGCGGAAGCACCCACCAGGGCUCGAAAAUCUUCCCCUGGAACAUCAGAAACAAGCAGACAGCUGCCAACUGCAUCGUCGCAUUGGGAAUGUCCGUGAUAAAAGACCCCAUCACCUGGACGAAGAAGACAUUGGACGAAAUAUUGGUUGUGGGCACUAACGUCCACGAAGAGAGCGUUAAAUUUGAUAAGGUGCAGGGGAGGCUGAGGCCUCCAGACGUCAUCAGGAUAUUCAACAUAGGCGCGAAUGUCCUGACUGCCGAUGUGGAGCAGGCGACAUUGAGUGGACAGGUAGCCGUACCCCCUCCGGAGCCCGAAGUCAAGGGGAAGGGCAAGGCGAAGAAGAAGAAACCACCGAAAGCUAAGAAGAAGAAGGGAAAGCAGAAGAGGGCACCUCCUCCACCGCCAGCCAUAAUUUUCCUGCAGGAGGGUCUCACUCAAUUCUUUGAGAGCAACCGCGCAGGGGUUUUGAGCGCCGGAAAUUCCAUGAUCGCACUUUGGAAGGAUCAAGGCCUCUAUUUUCUCUACGAUCCUCGCUCUCGAAGUGAUCGAGGCUCGGUUGAUGACUCCGGGGCGGCCUGCGCCAUGUGGUUCGCGUGCUUGGAACCCCUCUACGACAUUAUCUUUACGAAUCUUGAGGGCCCGGAAAAAUAUGGGCAGUACAGCAUCAGCAGGGUCAUCAUCAAGAGGAAUAUGAUAGAAGGCUUGCCUGGUCCCGUUGGAUUCCAAGCGUUUUUCGAUUGCACUCUGCCGCCUGUAGCUGUCGUCGCGACAGAGAAAACUGUCACGUUGGAGGUGCAGCCUAGGGGAGAAUUCAAUGUCAUUGACGGUGAAUUGAGUGUUCUUGUUGGGACCAUCAGCAUGUUCGAUCAGACGUUUCAUGCCAGCACGAGGGGUCUGCAGAGCACUGCAAUGGCCGCUGUGGCGAUUGUCAUGGGACUCCUGCACGUGCCAUCGACUUGGACACCUGCAAUCAUCGAUUGCAUCCUCAAAUGUGGGGAUAUUCUACAUGGCGACAGUGUCCGAAUGGCUCGCUCGGGCACUCGAUGUCUUUCCCCCUCGGAAUUACUCACUUGUUUUCUCGUUGGAGACACCAAGGCAGAGAUCAGAAUUCAUCAUCACACUGCGGCGGGAAUCGUGCAGGUUCAGGAUUUAACGGAGGCGUUGACAUUGUUCUUCAGAAAUCACUGCACCGGCAUUCUGCAUACACCGAAUCUAGCCGUUGCUGCGAUGCAGCACUGUGGAAAAUUCUACAUGUUCGAUCCAUCCGUGAGGAAUAGGGAUGGCAAACCCGAUUACAAUGGGGCUGCAUGUGUAAUUAAGUGUGAGAAUAUAAUGAGAAUGGCGUGGAUAUUCGUUAGUAAUUGCAAUUAUAAAGUUCCCAGUGUUUAUACGCUCAAUGCUGUCGAUGUUUUGGGCUUGAAAUUCAUUUCGGCUGCGCAGAGUUGUCCUUCACCCUGUCAAAAUUAAUGUUGUUA